AUGGACUCUCCAUCCCUCUUAACGAUCCCUGUCGAGCUCCGCGAACUUAUCUACGGAUACCUCUUCAGCUCCUUCAUCAUCCGGCAUGGCUUCAAGUCACCCAAUACGGCACCCUCUGGAACCUCACUCACCGACUCCAAUCGCAUCGCCCUUCUACUCACCUGUCGGCAAAUCAAUGCCGAAGCCUGGCGCCACCUCCCACUAAACUGCACUCUCCACUUUCGCAGCACUGAGAACCUCCUCAGUACAUUGUUGUCCGUCGGACAGAGUGCGCUGACAAGAAUCCGUCACGUGCGUGUUCGCGCGUUUCCGUUCCCGUUGUAUACUACAGGACGGCCAGACUACUACCCUACAUACUUCGCUGCUAAUGCCCUGAGUCUGUUGCCAGGCCUGUGUUUGGAGACGCUGGUUGUCGAGGAUUGCUGGCAUGGAUUUGGCAUGGGCGAUGGGUGGAGAGACGUCACGACAUACUUUGACAUUGAGGCCUUGUUGCAAAGCGAGGCGUGGAAAGAACUCACAUACAUCACUCCAUGUACGGACUUCAUUGCUUCCGGGUACGACGUCCGUCGCAAACGACAGGUCCAGCCGCAGACUUGGGAUGUGAUGCUCAAAGAAAGAGACGGCGAGGAGUCAGGUGCAGAGGUUGAGAUGUUCAUCGUGCCGUACAAACAACAGACUGCGACCGGACACCAGAAGACGGAAGACGGACGUAUCAUGCAGCCUUGGUCUGCGAAGCCUGGACACGAAGUCAUCGAAAACUGGCGUGUUGCGGGGCCGGAGCAGAGUUUCAAGGGCGAGGUGAGGAUCGUGGCUAGGAGAGGGAAGAGGGUGCAGGCUGUGCAGACUGGACUCAGUGAGAAGAUGAGCUGGAAGGAUAUGAAGAAUCAAGAGGGCGGACUUGUGAGACGAGAUUGGACGCCCUAUCACAAUGAUAUGGCAGACGCUAUGGGUUGGAUAUACGGUGGCUGGGGUCGUCGUAUGCAGCUCUCGAAUCAAGCGUUAAGCAGCUAA